AUGAAGUGUAUCAGUACCUUAUUAUUUAUCACUAUAUUUGGGGGGAUAUGGCGGCUAGGCCGGCCCACCUGUGUUUUGGAGUCAGAUUUCGGAUUUAUCCUCAACUGUGCUUUUAAGAAAUCUAGCCUGUUUCGAGUUAGAAAUCUUGGUGGUGUGAAAGCUCACAUAGGCCUGGGAUUUAGUGUUGGGGAUGAGCUGGGAUUCAAAGAAUCUCUCUCGAAUGUAGAAACGAAUAGGAGGAGGUCUACUUCAGCUUCGAAAUUGCAAGCUCAGCUGAUACAAGCACAACAAAACGCCAAGAAGAUGAGUAAUUCGCUCACAGUUAGAUCACCAAGUGCCUCAGUCUCCUCGAGAUCCGAUUCUUCUUCACAUCAGAUCAUCCCCCCAUUAGCAUCAGGAGCAGUCCGAGAAACUUUGAAGAAGUCCUUAGCCACCCAACUUCCACCCUUCAAACCUAUACCCCCCGCCGAUGAGCGACCAGCCUUACCUCCUUCCAUCUCUCAACCAUCUCUGAUGGGUAUUGCAGUUCCUGCUUUCUCAGCUAUGCCCUCUUCUAUCUCUCGUUUUUCCGUAGGUAACCCUGGUAGUCCUAAGGUGAUGGCCGUAGUAGCAGUCCCUAAAAAGCAAUCGCAACUUCACGCUAUGGAUAAGAUAGGAAGUAGUCACUUUGCUGAUAGAACUUUGCCUUCUCUUGAUGACCUUCCCGAACCUAUACCCCAACACUCUUCCAACUCCAUCCAAGCACUUCUAGCUGCCAAUAACGUCACUGAAGAAACCCUGGAGGCAGCAUUGUUGCAAAGACAGCAGCAGCUGUUGCUUAGAAGAGCUACUAGCACUACGACCACAACCUACAGGCCUACUUCAAAGUAUGCCAACAGUGUGGGAAAGGUUAUGAAUGCUCCCAAGGAGUAUUACCCAGUGGGCUACGAUAAGAACUUCGAUGACAAUUUUGCUUCAAGGGUGGAUUUGCCUGAGACAUCGUUCUAUUGUGGUGAUCAGAAACAUUUUCCAGGGUUGUAUGCCGAUGAAGAUCUAGGAUGCAUGGUAUUCCACGUAUGUGCUCUGACAGACGAUGGUCUCAUAAUGAAGAGUUUUCUUUGUCCAGAAUCAACACUCUUCGACAACACAGUUUUGAAGUGCAAUUGGUGGUUUUACGUGGACUGCAAAAAUUCUAAGAAACACUAUGAUUCGAACAUUCCUAUAUCAAAAAGUUAUCAACUAAUGAAAGCUCUGACAUUUUUCUCAGAGUAUAAAAAAGAUUCGACUACCCAAAAAUCGAAUGAAAAAGACUGA